UUGUUUUGAUAUAGUCCAAACGACAAAUGUUUGCAGGGAAAGAUGCAACUGAUGAUUUCAACGACGUUGGUCAUAGCUCAAGUGCAUCAGCGAUGAUGGACGAGUAUUAUAUUGGAGAUAUCGAUGUAUCAACCAUUCCCUCUAAGGUUGACUACACUGCUCCAAAACAACCUCAAUAUAAUCAGGAUAAGACGCCGGAGUUCAUCAUCAAGAUCCUUCAGUUUCUUGUUCCCUUGUUGAUCUUGGGCGUGGCAGUUGGCAUUCGUUUCUACACCAAAUCAACAUAAUCAUAUAAACAAGCACCAUUUUGAAAUGAAUAAUAUGUUAGUGUUUGUUGACUGUUGAAAGACAAGGACUGUUUUGUUCUCAAGUGCUCCAAUGAUGAGGUUUGCUAGGAUAUGCAAUGUGAUAUUGUGCUUUGUUUGCCUUUUCCUUGUAAUUUGCUUUUAAAUCUCAUAUUGUCUUUCUCUGUCAUUCAUUUGCUACCAGAACCUGAAUAGUUUUAUGGGGUUUUAACAAUAUAAAGUUUUUGGUUGAUUCUCAUUUUCACACACAAGGUAAUGUUUGUGUUGAUAAA